UGUAUAUAUAGAAGGAUGGGCUAGAAGCAAACACUAAACAGUCAUAUGUGAAUCGGUUGGUCCUGGAUUCAUGGACUGUUGAGUGUGUCUCCUCAAGCUUCCCCAAAUUGUAAUCGGGCUCUCAGUUUUGGUUGCUUUAUUUGCCAGCAGCAGAAUGAAGAAAGAAGAAGGGGAGAAGGAUAUUGUUGGAGACUCGAAGAAUGACGUCCGAGACAACGUUAUAUUGGAGCCACUUCACAGUCAGGAAUUAUUAUCAUCUGCUGUCCCGGAGCAAGCGAGUAGUGUACCCCGUGGAGCUGCCUCGGUGCAAGCGAGUUAUGAACCCAGGGGAGCGUGUCGAGGACCCCACACAGAUUUUGGACGGCUAACAAAAAAUGUAAUGAAAAAGAAGCUCUGUUGUCAUGCCAUUGAUAUUGAUGAACGGAUAGACACAAGCGCAACAUCAACUGAAAAUGAAGGAGAAAUCACGAGCUAUAAAUGGAUAAUGCCCAAAACCAUGCUCAUGGAAAAGAACAACCGUACAUGGAUACGUGAGCUAGAAUCCUAUGAAAAAAAUAGCAUAAAAGAGGAAGGGGAAGGCAAACUGAAAAUCCAAAAAGUUCCAGCCAUACUUCGCGGGGUCAAGUCUAAUGAGGAGUGCUACAAUCCCAUGAUAGUUGCAAUUGGCCCUUACCACCAAGGUAAGGGCAAGUUACCAGAAACUUGCCUAGAAAUGCAAAAAUUCAAAAUUCAAUUUACCUUAGAAUAUGCCGAUCAAAGUGGAAAAUCGAUUAGGGAAUUGUAUGAAAACAUGGAAAAUUGUUUGGUUGAAGCUAAGAAUUGCUAUAUUGAGGAUUUAGUAAAAGAAUUUGACAACAAGGAGUUUGCGAAGAUGUUGUUUCUCGACAAUUGCUUUGUCAUCCAGUUCAUGUAUAGUUGUGUACACCCCAAGAAGAGUGGGAUAAAGACCACGAAUAUUAAUACAGCAUUCAUUAAGCGUGAUAUUAUGUUAUUAGAAAAUCAACUCCCUUUUAAUAUCCUCACUGAACUAAUGAGCUUCAGCGAGAGGUUUAAUGAAAGAGAUGAAGGAAAGAAGAUGAUAGGCAAGUUCAUCGACCUAAUCAUGAAUGACUGUCACCAGCCAAAUUCUAAGUCAAAAGGGACUAACAAAGAAGAAGAGCAUGUUCAGCCAAAUUCUAAGUCAAAAGGGACUAACAAAAAAGAUAAAGAGGAUGUUCAACAUCUUCUUGAGCUUGUUCAGACUAAAUUUGUUGAUGAUACAGAUAUUGAAAAGAUACUAAGCAAGGAAGAUGCACCAAGAAGGAAGACUUAUUUUUGGUUUUGCCAGUCAAAUUCUAAUAAAGAAAUUAAAAAUGAGGCUAGCGACAAAUCAUCUCUCAAUUGGGGCUUAUAUCGCUCAGUUAAGGAGUUGAAGUUAGUGGGAAUACAUUUUAAACCUAGCGAGACCUGCCGAUUCUCUGAUAUCAAAUUUAAUUCUGGGCACUUGUGUGGAUGGCUCAAACUCCCCCGAAUAAUCAUCAAGGAUGGCACCAAGUCUUUGCUUUUGAAUUUGGUGGCUUUUGAAGCGUGCGCCGACACUUCAAGAAAUUUUGGGGUUUCCUCGUAUGUUUAUUUCAUGGAUACAUUGAUUGAUCAUGCUGAAGAUGCGAAGGAGCUACGAUCUAAAGGUAUAAUACACAACCUCUUGGGCAGCGACGAAGAAGUAGCAAAACUUUUCAAUGAGAUAAGCGAAAAUGUGGUGCCCGAUUUUGGAGUUGUUAGGAAUGUUGAAGAAUCCCUUAACGCCUUCUUUAAAAGCCGCAGAAGGUUGUGGUUGACUGAAUGCUGGCACAAUCAUCUUAGAAGCCCUUGGGCCAUAAUUGCUUUGCUUGCUGCAAUUGUUGUCGUGUGCUUGACUAUUACUCAAACUAUCUUUUCUGCCAUUCAGCUUUAGAUACUGUAUUGUAUUUUAGAAGCCCUUGGGCCAUAAUUGCUUUGCUUGCUGCAAUUGUUGUCGUGUGCUUGACUAUUACUCAAACUAUCUUUUCUGCCAUUCAGCUUUAGAUACUGUAUUGUAUUUUAGAAGCCCUUGGGCCAUAAUUGCUUUCCUUGCUGCAA